CUCCGCUUCCACAGUCUCUCUUACUUUUCGUCCCCCUUGCUGGAUAUUUUGAGAGCGCCAGCGAGCGAGCAAGCGAAAAAUAGAAAAUAACAGUGAAAGGGGGAAAAAGAAUAGCAAAGAGGAAUGCGGAUGACAGGAGCAAUAAGCGAGGUUUUGGUAACUCUUCCAUCGUCGGGAAGUCUCAUGUCUCCCGAAUUUAGGCAACAAUUGCAUUCCUUCUCCUAUCUCUCUUCUGCACCUUCCAGAAGGUAUCCUUCAUUUGGCAUGCCCAAGCUGGGAAAUGGAAUGACCAAGUUCCGAGAAAGAGGCUUCAUUGUCAGAGCCUCAGGGGAUCCAAGCAAUUAUUCAGUUCCAAUCUCCCCUCUUCAGUUUGAAUCCCCAGUUGGCCAGCUUUUGGCACAAAUUUUGCAAACCCAUCCACAUUUACUCCCUGCAGCCGUUGAUCAGCAGCUUGAGAACCUCCAAACUGAUAGAGAUACCAAGAGAGAUGAAACUCCUCCAUCUCAAGACCUCCUUUACAAAAGAAUAGCGGAAGUGAGGGAGAAGGAAAGGCGGAAUGCAUUGGAGGAGAUCAUUUACUCUUUGAUAGUGCAAAAAUUUUUAGAUAACGGCAUUUCAAUGAUCCCAAAAAUAUCAGCAAGCUCAGAUCCUACUGGAAGAGUGGAUUUUUGGCCAAACCAGGAACAAAAAUUAGAAUCUGUUCAUUCUCCAGAAGCCUUUGAAAUGAUUCAGAGCCACUUAACUCUUGUGCUGGGAGAUAGAUUAGUAGGCCCUAUUGAUACUAUUGUUCAAAUUAGCAAAAUAAAACUCGGAAAGUUGUAUGCUGCAUCUAUAAUGUAUGGGUAUUUCCUCAGAAGAGUUGAUCAACGGUUUCAGCUAGAGAGAACCAUGAAUACCCUUCCCAAGGGUUUUGAUGAAAGCCGGAGAAUAUAUGAUGAUGAUCCAAGUCCGGUUAACUGGUUUUGGGAUUCAGAUUCUUUGAUAAGGAUUCAACCUGAUGAUGGAGAUUAUAGUGAUGAGGGGUUCAUAGAUACAAGUAGAGAAAAGUCAAAUAGACUGAGAUCCUAUGUGAUGUAUCUGGAUGCAGAGACACUUCAAAGAUAUGCCACCAUAAGAUCCAAGGAAGUCAUGUCUUUGAUUGAAAAGCAAACUCAAGCACUAUUUGGCAGGCCUGACAUAAGGGUUAUGGAGGAUGGUUCGAUUGAUACAGCUAAUGACGAAGUGAUUUCAAUGACUUUCUCUGGAUUGACUAUGUUAGUUCUGGAAGCGGUAGCGUUUGGAUCAUUCCUAUGGGAUGCAGAAAGCUAUGUUGAAUCAAAAUACCAUUUUCUUAACAGCUGAAGACGUUUUAUUUGGUUUUGCAUUCUUGUUGCUUUGUAAAUUAGUGAUGCUGGGUCUUUUUGUAUUUUUUUUCUGUUUGGCAGGUAAAUUGCAAUAUAUAUAUAUAUAUAUAUAUAUAUAUAUAAUUGAGAUGGAUGAUGGGGGCAUGAUGUAUUAGUAGGUCCUCAAUGCUAUUAAUUUGUUUAUACUUACAAAGCAAGUAUAGAAAUCUUUCUUCAAGCAGCAAAAUAUCUCUGAAAGUUGGGAUGAAUUCUUUAUCGAA